AUGGCUGUGGACAACCAUAAUUCUCUACUUUCAACACAGAAGUCUUCUGAUUCUGGGCUCCAGGUAGCUCUACAUCCUCUUGUUCUUCUCACAAUCUCAGAUUAUAUCACAAGACAUACUUUACGACAACAAACUGGACCUGUUGUAGGAGCAUUACUGGGUCAACAAAAUGGUCGUGAAAUUACUAUUGAGCAUGCAUUCGAGUGCCUACUUCAAGAGACAGAGGAAAAUGAAGUAAAGCUAUCACCAAGCUGGUUUGAGGCAAGAUUACAGCAGAUGAAGGAUGUUCACAAAGUCCCUCCUCUUGAUCUUGUUGGCUGGUACACCGUAAUUCCUAGCUCUGGACCACAACCUAUCCACCUACCCAUUCAUCGACAAAUCCUCUCUACAUACAAUGAGUCUGCUAUUCUACUUGGGUUCCAUCCUGAGGAAGCGCUUGGUGGCGCGGCUGGUGGAAAGUUACCUCUCACAAUAUACGAAAGCAAUUAUGAGGCAGAGGAAAGCAGUGGGGAAACUGGCGAGGAUAAGGAAAUGAAGGACGAAGAACCACAACUCAAGCUCAGAUUCAAGGAACUUCCAUUUACUGUCGAGACUGGCGAAGCAGAGAUGAUCAGUGUUGACUUCGUGGCCCGUGGUGGAGGCAAUGCUACAGCUGUAGAUGGUACCAGCAAUAAAGUUGCUCCCGCAGAAGGUAAGGGCAAAGGCAAGGCAACAUCCGAAGACACGAUUUGCCCGGAAGCCCCGAAACGCGAAGAGGCCAGUUUAUCACGCGAAGACGAGGAACAAAUCGCCUCACUAACUGCGAAGGCAAACGCUAUCAAGAUGCUACAAUCUCGAAUCAAUCUGGUUGCCGCCUACCUCCAAAAUCUUCCGCCCUCCUACGUAUCUGAUGGAGUUGCUUCAGAAUCCGAUAUCGAAUCUAAAAAUUACGCACCAGUCAACCACUCAAUUCUCCGCUCUAUUCAAGCCCUCCUCGGUCGUCUUAGUGUACUCAUACCCGCCAACAGUCAAGGUUUUGAACACGAACUCAUUUCUGAAAAGAACGAUGUCAGCCUUAUCUCCCUCCUCAGCGAGCUCACAAAAUCAGCGCAGGAUAUUAGAGAGACAGGAAAAAAGUUUGCCAUUGUAGAGAAUGGAAAGAUGAGCAGGAUGAUGAAGCAGGAUCGUGGCAUGGGUUGGGGCGAUCAGAGUCAUCCAAUGCGAGACGUAAUGAAUGCUGGAGAUCUUCUUAUGUGA